UGUUUGUGCGUUGGUUUGGUAAACAUUGGUUGUAGGAGAUUGGCGUUUAUGUUUUUACAAGCGCAAGCUUUCCGUUGAAACAUGAAUUGUAAUUCGCCAAUAUAAGUUUCAUUAGAUAAGAAGGUAUCAGUGAUAGUGAAGAAUAUCAGCAAUGUGUAAAAAGUGAUGGAAAACCCGCAACACCAACAACCACAGCUUCAUUAUCAUGAUGGAAAGCAAAGAUUCGUGAAACCUCAAAUUUUGAAAGACAGUGACAGCGAGGAUGAUUCGGCUUCCUACACAAAUUCAUCAGAUUUAAGUGAAGAUUCAUUAGAUGACGGUUCCUCAUGGCAUAAUGAGGCCAUGAGGACAGGGGAGCUGUUUUAUAUCGAAGAGGACCUUCCUCUGGAUGAAAUUGAUGAAUCUGUAGCUUAUGAUGCUGCUUCUAACAACCAAAAUGACCAUGGUGUGUCGAGAAAAGGUCGGUCUAUCAUUCCCUAUGUUACCAAAACUAUCCUUGUUCCUGUAGAAGCUGCUUCACAUUACGGCCACAAGUUUUCAACUGAUCUUCUAGCUAGUAUGUUAGGUAUUAUUACACUUGAUAUGAGAUUAGAUAACCAAAGUGACACCUCUGAAGACAGCAGUUAUGAGAAAUUGUCUGUAGAUGUGUUAGUUCCAGGGGGAGCCGCUCUGCAGACAGGGCAAGUCAAUUUGGGGGACAUACUUCGCGCUGUAAAUGAAGUUCCCGUUACGAUAAAUAAUGUUGAAAAAGUUUUAAGGUCGGUAACCCAGCCAUGUGAUUUAAAACUUCUUUUUCAAGUUGAUCAAAAUAACAUUGAAAACUUUAAAGAAAUAGUCAGCAUGCACAAGCUUCCAUCUAAAAACACUGACGAUGUAAGUAUCAUACACCUUCUUUCACCUGCAGAAGACAAUGCUAAAUCCUCCCAGUUACCAGGGCCACAUGGGGUAAUGUUCCUCACUAUGAAUAUUAAAUCGGAUACAGCAGGAGAUGAUGACGAUUUGCUUUACAAUUAUCCAUCAUCAGAUUCGGUGUCUACUCCCAUUUCAAAGUUAUUACAAAUACGUGGGGUUUUUAUCACAUUAUCAGACAUGAUGAAAGACAAUUUCUCAUGCAGUGUGUUAAGUAGUAGUUUGAUGGUGGAAAAUCAACUUGUACAUUGUGCUUAUUAUUCCAUUGGUAGCGAGAUACUUAUAAUUUGUGUACCAGGAUCCAGUUUCACUGUUGCUCAUGUACAAAAAGUAGCAGCAAAUGCAGUUCGUUUGCUCAAUCUCAUGUAUGGUUCUCUUUUAUCUGCAUUUCAACCAGAAAAUAAACACAGAGUGGAUCAUCUUUUUCAUAACAUUUUAAUGCUGAACUCGGCAAGUACUUACGAGCGACUUACGGAGCCUUUUCAUCUGACGCAGUCAAAUUAUCUGCGAUUGCCAGGUGAGGUCAGUGCACAUGUAAACGCAGCACUGUCAGAAUUUGAAGCAAGUGACUUUGAAGGAGGCUUUGCUGAGAAGCAUAGCUACACAAGAAGACUUUAUAACAUUCGUGGUUCAUGCUUAUUUCACAAUCAACAUCUUAUAGCCAAUCAUUUGCCUACAGAAGAUUUUUCUGACCUUUAUCUCUUCUGUUACAAUCAUGCUUUACUGGAACCAGCUAAGAAAGAUAAAAUUGGACUUCUUCUUAUUUGGAGGGAGGUUUUUCGAUGGAAAAACAGAGUUUGCUACACCAACGACAAAGCAGAUUUUACCGAGAGCAAGGGUAGAUAUUUCUGGUUGAUAGUUGGUUUAAAAAAGAACAUUCUCUGCGUCUUGCUUCAAAUGAAUGGAAAGCUGUUUCCAACUGCUCACACUCCACGCCCUGAUCCUUUGUAUGUCAAUCAAGCAAAAGCUACUCUGCUUAAUUUGGAGAGUUAUAACUUGCAAGGAUGCAUAUCGCAGGUUGCUACUUCCUCAUCAUUGCCUUUUAUAACUACUGCAAAUAACUUUGUCAGCAAACCACAGUCGUUGUUCAAAUCAGCCAAACCACCAACUGGAUCAAGCGGCCAAAGCAAGGGUUUUAAACUUCCAUUUAAUUCACCACUAAAAUUAAGAAAUACCGCUUCGGACAGCGAUGGUGAAAUAAAGUCAACACAAAGCCCAAAAACACACCCAAAGUUCAGUGAAGAUCAGAAGACCCCACCCAGAAGUAGAAGCUUGUUUCGGGAGAAGUCCUUCAGUUCUCAAGGAUCAGGAGAGAGCUUUGGAUCCCCAAAGCCCACGGCAAAAUUAGGCAACUCACAAAUGAAUACAAGCAGACAGGCUAGCAUGAAACUUGAAACAGAUGGGCAAUCUAAAGUGGAGUCAAAAUACAUUCAACUUACAACUGGGAAUGUUAACACUUUAUUUUUAUAUGUGAAUCUUGAUACUGCAAAAGGGAUUGCAAUCAUGCCAACAGACUAUGAUAUUAACUGCAAUACAAGUCUAAUGGACCAAAGUAUUGUAGAAAAUUUUCGCCGGUACGCUCUGAUCAUUCAACAACGCUUAGCUGCCAAAGAUGGUGCAGUUGACGAAUGCCAUGAAGAAGGUGUAAUGUUUCAGUGCCAUGGUGGCGUGACAAGCGGUCAGCAAAAGAAACAACCUCCACAUGUUCAGUAUUGGGUUGUGGGACGGUCACUAAAGUCUCCACUGAAACAGGAGCUGUAUGUUUGUUUUAGCAGUUCAGCUUCACAAAAUAUGAUUGAACUUGCAUUUCGCAUUGCAGCACAGGGUUAACAUUAUUAAAGUAAAAUAAUGUAAUAUCUUUAUUUCUCUUUUCCAUUACGGUUGUGAAGAUUUAGAAAUUUUAUAAACGAAAAGACAGGAUAUAGCGACAAAAAUACAUUCGAAAUCAUUAAUACUACACUAUAGUGUACCGUUUUUUUAUUGUGAACUUUUUUUAAACGCUUUAUAUUUUAAUAUGGGUUCAAAUUCAAUGUUUAAGCAUACCACUGUGAGCUGCCUGUUCAUUGUAAAAAUUAAUGAAAAUGCACUCUUAUCUGUAUAGGCUACUAUAUUUAAAUAGUUGAUUCCUACUAUUUUGUACAAUUGUUCUGUAAAAUAGUGUCAAUUUUGUAGUCCAAAUGCAAUUUGUAUAAAUUUCAUUUGCUAUGUUGGUAUGUUGCACACAAGUAUGAGCAUUACAAGAAACUUUUUAAUAUUACCUCUAAAAAAAGUAUAGUAAGGUGGGGAAAAUGGGACAUCUUUAGCCCAUAAAAUCCAAAUAUCUUGACCGUGUUUUAAACAAUUAACAAAGGUCUAUGGGAGUCGUGACGAUACAGUUCUAUAAUUCUUUGAAUGUUUUUUGUUUACUGCCAAGUGGGACGCGAAAAUAGAAUGAAAAAGUGUCCCAUUUUCCCCCACCCUACUAUAUAUAUGUUUAGGUUAAAAGUGGGUAGGAUUACUAAUACCUCUUUUUGAAGGAAUAUCAUAUGUUAAUUUCAUACCAGUUCUUUUUUAUUUUGUACAAUGUUAUGUUUUAUAUAUAUUUUGAAAAAUAAAUGAAAUUUAAAAACAA